UUUUUUUUUUGGGAGGUGGGGGUGUUGUAUUUCUCUUCAGGUGGAGUGAGUUGCCCAAUAUUUGUCACUAACAUGAAGUAAGAGGAAGUGCCUUUUCAAUAGUGUGUCAGCUUGGAACCAUACCGCUUCAAUUUCAGCCUUACAUGGAAGUUCAGGACUUCAUCGUUGACAUUGGAAACUCAUAACACAAGACAAUCACACGGCGAUCACAGCUGGGAGGAUGACUAUCGGCAAGGACUCCAGGAAAAGUUCCGUGCGGGCUUCCAUCCGAGCCCCCAAAUUCCUGGACAAAUCCGGCGGCUUCUACGACCGCCUGGAUGAGCUGGAAAGCGCACCCCUGAAGGACAUUUUGGCGAUGGACGGAGGGAGCGACGUGGACGACGGCCAGACGCUCCUGUGGGCGGCGCCCAGCGGCAGGUGGAAGAGAAAAAGCUCCAGGAGGAUGCGGAAGCAGGCCGCUUCUCAGGAGGCGUCCGCUCUGGGCUCGGCGAGCCCCCGCGUAGCCGAAGCGCACACGCACUUUGCUUCCCGGCACGAUUCUGACGAGCGAGUGCUGAUCCGAGACGAGAAGAGAAUGAAGCGGGAGCAAGAGCAGGUCAUGAAAGUGGUGAAGCGGGAUGCCGUGAAAACAUAUCGCAAGGCUGUGGACCGAGCUUUUCGUCGAGGUUGGGAAGCGUUUGUGGCCAACAUCUUCAGCAUCACACUCACGCCCGUCCAUUCGUCCCAAAAUAAGCAUCAAGCAUAAUGUGGCGCUGGCCGAGUUUCAGUAGAAGCUCAGCCAUCAUGAACACCCAAAUAUUUGCCAUUGUAUCAUAAUUAUUUAUUCCAGGUCAUCAUUUGUCACGCCUGGUUCACUAUUGGGAGCUUUUCUCAGGUUUAACACGAUGAAAACACAAACGUGUCGAUGUGUGACUGCCAAAUAUGAAGCAAUGACUGAUCAGUGGACCCAUUUUGUCUUUUAUUUGGAAAGUCAAGUCAAGUCAAGAGUAUUUCUCGAGCACUUUCAAACAGCCAUCGCUGCAUACAAAGUGCUGUACAUGGAGCAAUUUAACAUGGACAAUAAACAGUAAGACAAAUCGGUAAUUAAGGCGGUAGAAAGCACCAAACAGUAAAACCAAGAACACAACUAAGUCAUGCUGAGUCGAAUGCCAAAGAAUACAAGUGAGUUUUGAGGAGGGUUUUGAAGAUGGGCAGCGAGGAGG